CGGAACUAUCUGUAUUUAGUUCAAGGGUUCCUCGGAAGAGUUAAAGGGAGCACCGCAGUUCCACUCUUGAGAGAGGUUGUUGGGAAACAUGCCUAAGUUUUACUGUGACUACUGUGAUACAUACCUCACACACGAUUCACCCUCAGUUAGAAAGACCCACUGCAGCGGUCGAAAACAUAAAGAAAAUGUGAAGGAUUAUUACCAGAAAUGGAUGGAGGAGCAAGCACAGAGUCUAAUUGAUAAAACAACGGCUGCGUUUCAGCAGGGUAAGAUUCCCCCCACACCCUUCCCUGGUGGUCCUCCCCCAGCUGGACCUCCACGCCCAGGUAUGCUGCCUACACCCCCGAUGGGAGGCCCUCCUAUGAUGCCCAUGAUGGGACCUCCUCCACAUGGGAUGAUGCCAGGUGGACCCGUUGGAGGAAUGAGACCGCCAAUGGGAGCACCCAUGCCGAUGAUGCCAGGACCGCCACACAUGAUGCGUCCUCCUCGUCCCAUGAUGAUGCCAGUUCGGCCAGGAACUCACGCGGUCUAGAAAUGACUCAUGGAUCUGGAUUAGGAUUUUUAUAUCUGUUAAUUCCCAAGUCUCAGAUUUGUAAUGAUUCCAUUUCUUUAACUUUUUUUUCUGGUAUUUAUUGGUAUUCAUCCAUUUGACAUGAUUCUAGCUUUUUUAAGGACCCCCCCCCAGACAUAAUUCAUCAUUUUUGCUUAAAAAAAAAAAAUCCUCAGCUUUAUUGUCACAAUUGAAGUGUUUUUGACCCGAUCUGUCAUUUUUGUUUCGGGUUUUACAUGUUUUUGUAUAGCGCUUGCAUUGGUUUGGUAAAUAAAGCAAUGUUUCAAGCAAA